CAACCUGUCAUAUAAGUAGGCGAAUUGGAAUAAAUAUGCGCAGUGGUUCUCAACUAAGAUCCUUGAGUAUUCCAGCUGUAUAUUGUCUGAAUGUCUUUUUAUUUUCCGUGUCUCUCUUCAUUUUUUUUUUUUUAAAUCUCAUGUUAAUGUUUUAACAGAGUCUGAGUUGUUUUUGGCUGACAUUCACACACUGAUUGAGUGGCUAAAGAACAACAGUCAAGUUGAGGAGUUCAUGAAACGUACAGCACCUCAUCGGGCUGCAUGGAUUCGAUCUUCUGGAACAAAAACUAUGGAGGAAAUCAAUAGAGAAUAUCCAAAACUUCAUGACUUUCCUGGAAUGAUAUCGCAGGACUUUAGAGUUGUAUUCCCUGACCUUUAUGAAUUCUGGGCUCCUGUCAUCACUGACCGAAUUUUACUCUUUGCAAAGAAAGAACCCAAGGCUUCAGAUGUCCUUCCAGAAAACCUGAAAACACUGGCAAUAGAUCCAGUAAAAAUCACCAAAAUACCAGCUUAUUCAAACACACUGAGACAACAAACACGACGAAGCUGUGGCUGAAGCACAAGAGCAACAAGAGGACACAAACAACAAACAUACAUUUCAAAAUAAAACACAGGGGACAACAGCACAAUGAAAGUGACAAACAUGCAAAAACAAACCCCCAAAAACAUUCAAAUCAGAAUAAGAGGUGGGAAAAAGGUCAAAGGUUCAAAGAAGGAUUGCGUACCUGGAAAAUAUUUCUCAAAGAAAAGGAAAAAUUGCUUGUUAAUAUCUUCUGCAUGAAUUCUACAGAGAUCACAUAGAUGUUGAGCCGAUGGGUGCCCUGUUAUCAGCCAUAAUCAACAAUGGCGUCAUCCACACAUCGCCGCCGACGCAACAGCAAGGAUGAACCUCCUGAUAUGCUAUCUGAUGUUAUUGGUCUCCAAGAGGAAUUCAUUGCACUCUAUGAGAGACAUUACCAUGAGCUCCAGGAGUGCAUACAGGCGCUGAAUCAUCUCAUUAAUACAUUUGAAAAAGAUUUGAGACGGUGUACUGCAGUCACUAUUGGUGGAGGAAUAGUGGGAAUAGCUGGAGGGGUCACCACCAUUGCAGGAUUAGCUUUAGCUCCAUUUACUCUGGGGGCUUCUGUUGCUGUCGCAGGCGUAGGGUCAAUAAUGGCCUUCGGUGGUGGAGUUGGUAGUGGACUCGUAAACUUCAUGAAAAUGCACCAGCAGAAGAAAUUAAUACAAAACGUCAAAAAUGGACUUGAAGAAUUUCAGAACAAAAUCAAACCUAUGACUGAUAUUCUGAAUGUCAUUUGUGAACAUUAUAAUGAAAUACUGAGACACCUUAAUAAACCAGAGGAUGAUAUCAGGGGUUUUAUUAAAUGUGCUGCUGGUGCCAGUGAAAUAUUAUGCUUCAUGCGGAUAGAUGACAUUGGUGAAGUGGCUGCACAGGCGUCUAAAACUGUGCGUCUGACUACAACCCUUACAGGAGUUUUUGCUGGGAUUAGCCUUGUGUUCGACAUUCUCUCAGUUAUUGAAGAUAACAAGACACUUGAUGAUCUGAACAAACUAUCAGGAAAUCACCAAAUAAGUGAAAGUGAGAUGGAGUCAAAAGCUGGGAAAUUCAUUGUUGAAAUGAGGAAAGUCAUUCAUCAGCAACAGAACUUCAUGGAUGAGCUUAAGAAAACAAAAGACAAAUUUGCAAGAAGACUGGCUCUAAUUAGGGCCUGAGCACCGCGGUGCAAGGCCCAUCUUGGAAUUGCUCAGUUUAUUUUUUUUUCUUCUUCUUCUUCUUCUUCUCCAAAAUGAAUCACAUUUUUGAGGGCCUAAACAUGCUCAAAAACUCAUGAAACCUUGCACACAUGCCAGAAGUUCACUUUCAAUGAAGUGCCCCUCCCGCUACGUUUCACGUACAUGUACUGUUACGUCACGUAUUGUUCUCUUGCUUCACUAUCUUGUCUCACAGGUUCUGUGAUUUUGGAUGAUGUUCCUGUCAGUUAUUGAGUCUAUGUGCCACCUUGAGGACCAAUCAGACCUUAGUGGGUGCAUAUAAAGGCCGGAUAUGACAAAAGCGUUUGCUUUUCCUUUGUUUGCUCUCUGAUUCCGAGUUAUUGUUUGCUUUCUGAAUCUGAGUUAUUGUGUGUUAAGAGUUUUCUCUUGUGGAACUUUACUUUUCAUAUGCUGUUUUACUUAGUUUAUGUCAUGAUUCAGCUCUCGGCUUACCCGAGUUUACUCAAGUCCUUCCUCGACAAACAGUGAUGGGACCAAUUCAGCAUGUCAUGUGACUUACAGCACGUAGUGUAAAGUUGUUUAAGCACACUAGAUUAUAAGCAGUGUCAACUUAUGUAUUUAUGUUUAUUAGUCAGUGUAGUUAGUGGCGUUCUACGCUGAACAUGUAAUUUUUCUUGGUUUCUUUUGUUUAGCUUAGAUUUUGAUUGGUGCUAGUUAGUGUUUGUGUUUAUGUUUUAUUGAUUUCUUUUCUUUAGCACCGCUCUUGUCCCUCACUUUAUUGUCUUUAAUCCUUUACGUUUGUGUAUAAUUUGUAAAUAUAAUUUUUUUUUUUGAAGGUAUAUUUUGGUUCACUGUUUAUUGUAUUAUUGGGUGUUUUGUUAUAUUGGAUUGUUUUUCUGUCUUUUAAUUUUGUCUUUUAACUUUUGAGGUCUGGUACAAAUUAUGACAUACAAAAAUAAAUAGGCUACAGGCUCAUAUGGAUUACUCAUUAAAAGAUUGCGAUCUCGAUUCAAACACACUCAAUCUUAUUGCUAUGUCGAUGAGACCAUGUCUAUUAAACCAUUGAAAUCACAUCGGAAUAUUUAAACCUGCUUUUGCGCAGCCGCUGAUCCAGAGAGAGCAGCGCUCAUCAUAAACUUUAUGUUUGAAACAGCUUUACAAACAGUCUACACAUGAGGCUACAUUUCUGUGUUGCAAACUUUAAAUAAUAAUGAAAGUAUUGGGAUAAAAGUUUAUAGUCCGGAUAUAGACUCUGAUGUUGCAGCAGCCGCGUUCAAAAUGAGAAACUGACUGUUGGAACUGAUGUUACGCUUCAAAUGAUUGUAAUGGGCAGAGCUAGGGAGGGGCUAGCAGGUGCUCCAGCACCCCUAAAAAGACCAAAGCACCCCCAUAGUUUAAGAAAGAUUAAAUAAUACAAAAAAAAUGUGUCUACUUACACAUGCAAUGAAAUACUACGUGACGUGAUUUGCAGUCGCACAUUUCGUAAUGUCACAGCAUUUUAUUUAAAAAAUGGAUUCCUUGUGCCAAGUAGGCUAGGCCAGCCCCCGACUAUGGAUUUUCUAGUAAACUAGUUGAAUGUUUAUAUUAAACAGAUUAAUAUAAUAACCUACUAAACCAUCUUCUAAUAAGCAUUUAGCUACAUUCCGUGCUCAAGCGUGCGCAUAAAGCUUGCUGCAAAGCACCAGCAAAAGUAAUAAUUAUGAAUGCAUCGGGGAAAAAGAAGACAUUUUAAUUAUUUAUUACUAAACUAGUGCUUUCUCAGUUAGUGUCGGCUGCAAACGCCGGUGUUGUGCACAAUUCUGACCCCCUGCCAAAUUAUUACCCCCCUAGUAUUGGUAGGUUUAGGGUUAGGUGUGGGGGAGGGUUUAGGGUUAGGUGUGGGGGAGGGUUUAGGAUUAGGCAAUCAGAUAGCGAUUUCAACGAGAGGGGUAAUAAUUUGGCAGGGGGUCGAAAAUGGGCACAACAAUAUUUACUAUUGCCCAGCUCCCCGUCAUUGAUCUAGCACCCCCUGAGCACCAGCGUUUAAAAUUCUGUGGCGCUGCCCCGAUUAUAAAUGUUACAUUAUGCCAGAAGGUAGCGAACAGUGACUGUUAAAAUGUAUCUAAUGUAUAAUUCAUUCAAUCAAGAGAUUAAUUCGAAAACGAAACAAGUUCAUAUAUUUAAAAUAAUUUUUACAAUAUUUUUAUUUUAAUUGGCUCAUUUAUAACAUUUUACACAUUUUAAAUAAAACAUUUUGUAAGAAACCUAAGUGAAUUAGCCUUCAUAUUAUUUUGUAUUUGUCUAAUGUUUUGCUUCUGAAUCUUGGGAGAACCAUGAUCUCUAUUCUAAAAAUUGAUGAUCCAGAGUCUUAACAAAUAGGCUAAUAUCUGGCAUCUAAUACUGUUUUCUAAUAUUAAAAUGUAGACUUGGAUGUAAAAUGGCUCUUUGUAGCCAUCUCUGUGUUGAAACCUGCAAUUGCAGUUAUUUGCCGAAUUAUCUUCAUUACAUUAUAACAGUCUCAGGUUUAACCAAGCCCAAAAGCUGCUAUACAUAUACAAAGUCUUGUACAGAUCUUCCAGGUUGCUGUGAACUUGGGUAUUGAUUACAACAGGCAUAUGGAUUAAGACUGACAACUGUGUUGGAUUUUUUGAUAAGGAAAUCAGAUAAGACUUUAUUCACUCUCUUACUCUUCAUUCAUCAUCGAUGGACAGUGACCUAAUUUGGAUUCUACCUUUACGUGUUUUUUUGUUUGUUUUGAUUUGGUGUAAGUGUCCUGAAAAGGUGGAAAUGAUUUGAGAUGUUGUGCUUAAAAUUUUCUUAUUGAAUAUUAAAGAUGAUUUUUGCAUUCAGUAAAUGACUCUGAUUGAUUUAUGCCUC